UUUUUCCGUAAUUGAAAAUCAUGUCGACGCUAGCGGCGAAGGGCACUUCUGGUGCCAGUAUCGCGUCGCCGUCUUUCUUCAAGCAGCGGGGCCGGUUGUUUUCUUCGCACCUCUCCAUCCGCAGCCGGAUCUCCUCCUUACCUAAUCCUCCUCCCCGGCUUCUCUCAAGAGGCAACCGGCGGCAGCCCCCGGCAACUGAGCCGCCGCUCGACGACGAGCGGCGGAACAGGACCUUUCUCGUCGAUGCUUUCCAUCAGAGGCGAAGCCUCAAGGUCUUGCUAGACGAACUAUCCAGAAGUGGUUCUUGCCCCCUUCGAAUCCUCGCUAGAGAUGGAGACUGGCCCUUUGAAAAACUCCGAGUCGUCAUCGCCUUCCUGGCCGACACCGGUCGGAUCACUGAGGCUCUUCAGAUUUUUUAUCAAUGGAAGGGCAUGGAAAAAUCACGCGCCAGUGCCAUUAACUACUCCAAAAUCAUUACAUUACUCUGUGAAAAGGAUCUAAUAGACAAAGCAAUGUUACUCUUUCAAGAAAUGGAGAAACUUGAAUUCACCCCCUCUGUUGCAAUUUACAAUGCUGUAAUUCAUGGAUUUGCGCGGAUUAAAGAAUUUAACAAAUCUAAAACCCUUUUGUGCAAAAUGGUGGAGGAUGGUUUGUCCCCAAUUCCUGAUUACUUACAACAUAUUGAUUCAGGAGUUUUCUCGUGGUCGACUUAUUGA